UAUAUAUAGAUCUAUUUUCUACUUUCAAGGAUGAAAACAAUAUACUGUAAUACGGUCAUUUACAUCGUUAAGGAAAGUUGUAAUCCUCCUCCGUUGGACUCUAGUAGUUUUUAAACUGUCUUUUCAGUUUAGGAUAGCCUUGUGCGGCUCUAGGACGACAAACAGCAGAGACGAUCAGAAACAAACAUCUCAUCGAUCAUCUUCAUUAAAUUCAGAUUCUUCACAGCUCUUCAAUAGCAUGUGGAACAUGUUGCACUUUGUGGUUUUAUUAUUAAUGUCCGGUGUGUCUGCUACAGAGACGGAUGAAUCUGAGCCAGUGACAGUAAUGGAGGGAGAGUCAGUCACUCUACACACUAACCUUUCUGAACUACUGAACGAUGAUACAGUACUGUGGAUGUUCGGAUCUAAAGACUCUCUCAUAUCUCAAAUAAAGAGAAAGAAUGACUUCACUUCAUUUUUUGUCACCGAUGAUGUUGGAUUCAUUGGCAGAUUGCAGGUGGAUCAAAAGACGGGAUCUCUCACCAUCAGAAACACCAGAUUCAAACACUCGGGACAAUAUAAACUCACCAUCUCUAGAGAAAAGACUAUGAUAAAGACUUUUAAUGUGACUGUCAUUGGUGUGGUUGGUGAGACGGAUGGAGUGAAAACAGUGUCACUAUCAGUGACAGAAGGAGAUCCUGUCACUCUACGUAUUCAUGCUGAAAUGCAAAAAAAGGUUCUGAUGCUGUGGAGGUUUGGGGACAAAGGAAUCCUCCUAGCUAAAAUCGAUACUGAAACAGGUGAAAUCUCAUUAAACAAUGCUGAUGACGAGAGUUUCAGAGAUCGACUGCAGGUUAAUCAGAAUGGAUCUCUGACUAUCACGAACAGCAGAACUGAACACGCUGGACUUUAUGAGCUCCAGAUCAGAGGCAGUGAAAGCUCACAGCGAUUCCUUCUUUCUGUCAAUGCUGUCCCAGAUCCAGGUCUUUCUUCAGGUGCUAUAGCAGGAAUCUUUUUCGGUGUUUUAGUUCCUGUUUUGCUGCUUGCUGUUGCAGCUUUGGCUCUGAUUUACUAUCGCCGCAGGAUUUCUAAAUUAAAAAAGCAAGUGGCUGUGGCAUGUGAAGAGAAGGAAGAGAAGGAAGAGAAGGAAGAGACCGUGACGGAGGGGGAUUCUCCAACUCUGCGCACUGGUCUUACUGAAAUAAAUGCUAAUGUUAUGAUAGAGUGGUUGUAUGAAGCUGAAGACAAUCGCAUUGCUGAAAUUAAUGGAGGGACCAGAAAGUCAUCCACAUCUGCGGGUGCUGAUGGGAGAUUCAGAAGCAAACUGAUCCUGGAUUAUAGAACCGGAGAUCUCACUAUAACUAAUGUCAGAACCAUUCACUCUGGACUCUAUAAACUAAACAUCACCAACAACAACAGCAACAGCAGCACCAUAAAAACCAAACACAUAAGAUUUAUUCUUACUGUCAAUGUGAAGUCAAUGUCAGUGAAGGAGGGAGCUUCUGCCCUUCUCCAGACUGCUGCUGAGAUUCAGACGGAUGAUCUCAUACUGUGGACAUUUGGAGCUCAAAACAGUCUCGUUGUUAAAAGUGAUUCGGGAAAGAUGAGUAUUGGUAAGCAAUUUAGAGAACGACUGGAUCUGAGCACGGUGACUGGAAAUCUGACCAUCAGACACAUCAGAAUCACAGACUCUGGACAUUUUAAACUACAAAUCAUCAACAGCGAACAGACCACAUUCAGAAGAUUCAACGUGACUGUCACUGAUUCCACAGAUGAACAAGUGAAUGAACAAACAACUGUAGUGACGCCGCUGUUGAAUGGGGAAGUUACUGAUGGAGGGAACGAGCAGCAAGCAACCAGUCCAGUUUGAUGAGAUAAGACACGCCAACCACUGUGACAUCAUCCACAAU